AACACUGGAACAGAUGUGUUAAAUUCUUCCUGAAUGUUCUUCAUCAAAAGCUGAUGUACUAGACUUUCUGGAUGUGCACAAGGACACAAAGACUGAAGAAGUCCUGAAGAUUGAUGGAGGGCCAUGCUAUUCAAACAGCAGGCGUUGCUGAGACAGAAGCUCUUUGUGCUAGGCAGCCUUGCUAUUGGAAGUCUCCUAUAUCUAGUUGCCAGAGUUGGGAGCUUGGAUAGACUGCAGCCCCUUUGCCCCAUCGAUGGUCAGUUUGGACCCCGUGGCCAGGAAGAAAUUGCACUGCGAGCUCUGCAGUUCAAGCGAGGGCUACUCCACGAGUUCCGAAAGGGCAAUGCCACAAAGGAGCAAAUACGACUGCACAAUCUGGUUCAGCAGCUUCCCAAGGCCAUCAUCAUUGGGGUGCGGAAAGGAGGCACCCGUGCGCUGCUAGAGAUGCUGAACCUUCACCCCGCAGUGGUCAAAGCUUCUCAAGAGAUUCACUUCUUUGACAAUGAUGAGAACUAUGCCAAGGGGAUUGAGUGGUACCGGAAAAAAAUGCCUUUUUCUUACCCUCAUCAAAUAACAAUUGAGAAAAGCCCUGCAUAUUUUAUCACUGAGGAGGUACCUGAGAGGAUUUACAAAAUGAACUCGUCUAUCAAGUUAUUGAUCAUUGUCAGGGAACCCACCACAAGAGCUAUUUCUGAUUAUACUCAGGUGCUGGAAGGCAAGGAAAGAAAGAACAAAACCUACUACAAAUUUGAGAAGCUGGCAAUUGAUCCUAAUACCUGCGAAGUGAACACUAAGUAUAAGGCAGUGAGAACCAGCAUCUACACAAAACAUCUGGAGAGGUGGUUAAAAUACUUCCCAAUUGAGCAAUUUCAUAUCGUAGAUGGAGACAGGCUCAUCACAGAACCACUACCAGAACUCCAGCUGGUCGAGAAGUUCCUAAAUCUUCCUCCAAGGAUAAGUCAGUACAAUCUAUACUUCAAUGCCACCAGAGGGUUUUAUUGUUUGCGAUUUAAUAUUGUAUUUAACAAGUGCCUGGCAGGUAGCAAGGGACGCAUUCAUCCAGAGGUGGAUACCUCUGUCAUUACCAAAUUGCGCAAGUUCUUUCAUCCUUUUAAUCAAAAAUUUUACCAGAUCACUGGGAGGACAUUUAACUGGCCCUAA